AUGACGGUGUUCCGGGCGUCACGCAGUAUUCGAUCCAACCUCGAGAUAACUACACAUACCGCUUUACUGUACAACAGCAGUACGGGAGUUACUUCUACCACGGUCACUUUAGUCCAGCCUUCGCUGAUGCACAAAGGGGCCCAAUAUGGAUCUCUCCCGCAUCAUGGAGACCACGACCGUACUCGCUUGUGUCAUCUUCGCUGGAAGACAUCAAGAGUAUGGAGCGAGCCAACAGAAGGCCCGUCCGAAGCCAUCACUGCUGAAGAGGGAGCGGACUGGAUCUGGAUCAGCUUCAUUCACUCGGGAGCGCAUCACGAGCUGCAGAUAAGCGUUGACGAGCACGAGGUGCAUGUGGUUGCAGCGGAUGGGGAGUUCGUGUACCCGCAAAAAGUCCACGCUGCAAACUGCAACUUGGGAGAGCGUAUUGGUAUUCUAGUUCACUUGAACAAGAAGCCUGGGGACUACGCCAUUCGAGUCGCCUCAUUGAGGACAGAACAGAUCAUCCAAGGCCUCGGUAUUCUUCGAUACCCAUCGCCGCCAAAGGGGAAUGCGGCCAAUGUCCCUACCACCAAGCCAUGGGUGCACCUCAACGGUUCGCUUAUCUCACCCACCCUCACGGCCAUGGAUGAAACGAAGUUGGCCCCUUACCUUCACCGACCACCCCCCGCCAAGUCGGACAACACCGUCAAGUUCCUAGCCAACAUGACGGGGUCUGGUGCUUGGGCUUUAGGUGUCGGCUCCCAUCAGGCAUUCCGCCAGCAACUACCUCCAUUACUUUGGGAUGAAUCAUCUCGCGCAAAUGUCACGUCACAGCAUCCAUUCCACAAGCACAACAACAAGGCUUGGAUCAUCGGCACAGGCGAAGGUGGCUUUCCCUGGGAGACAGUUGCAGAUGCAAUGGAAGGAGGUGCCGUGAAGAACUUCAACUCUGACAAUCCGCCAAUCCGAGACGGCUGUAGGCUUGGAAACGGGACUGGUGACUGGACCGUCAUUCGCUACGAGAUUGCGUUCCCUGCCGUCAGCAUGUUGCACUGCCACAUGAUUCAUCACUUUGGAACUGACAGGAAGCAGGCGGGACAGCAGGUGGUGUUACUCGAGGGCGUAGAGUCAAUGAACAAAGUCCCGAGCUAUGUGAAGGACAGAGUUCAUGCGGAACUUGUACCACCCUUUAGAUAUGGCCCGUUAGACUAA